AUGUCUCAGUCAGCAUUAGGCCUGGGUGGGGAGCGCCGGUACUCCGUGCCCUCGAACCCACUGGUGCACGACCCCCGCAGCAUGCACUCCGAAGACCUGCACGCCUGGUCUAUCUAUAGACAAAAUCUGAACUCGGACUUUACGGACAGCGCUUUAGGCAGCACGGACAAAAGCCCUUUGCCAUAUGGAAACUUCCAGCUUAGAGAUACAACGGUGCAAUCCAUACUCGCCCAUCCGAGAUAUGGCCCCAAGGUGCAAAGGCAAAGUCGGGGGGUGCGAGAGACCUCAUCUGGCUACGACAGUUCGGACAAUGAGACCUCCACCAACUACAAGUACAGUCGCAAAUAUCGUUCCGAUCCAGACUUUCGAAUGCAAAAUCUACAUCCAUCGUAUCAGCACGCAACCGGAGUGCCUCUGGUGGCGAUUCAGCAGGCGGGCAUCCGCGACAACUGGCCCAGUUCCCGCCACAAGUCGCAGAGCGAGGCCAAUUUGCUCGCCGCCGAGCGCUCGCACCGCGGCCACCCGCGCCGCUCGAGCGUUGCCGACUACGCGCCCGACAACGACCACCAGAGUUACCUGAUGCCGUCGUCGCAUCUCGGCGGCCGCAUGUCGAAGGCGGGCAGCCACAUGUCGCUUGCGCAGUCCAGGAAGCACUCGACCCUCCGGCCCGGAGACCAGCUAGACGGAUACACGCACUCCGCUUACAUUUAUCCCAACUAUUACGUGAACAGUUUGGAAAUAACCUCCCCGGAGAACAAAUCGACGCUCCUCGUGUCCGGCCUGAGCUUCGAAGUGAAGUCGGGAGAGAUCCUGGCCGUCUUGGCGACGUCGCAGCACGAAGCCACGGGCUUGUUGGACGUGCUGGCUGGGGUUAGAAAGAAGCUGACCGGCGACAUAGUGCUGAACGGGCAGCCGGUGGCCGCGUCCACGCUGCGCAGGGUCGCCGCGUACGUGCGCAAGGACACCUCCCUCUGCCCCUCUAUGACGGUGGAGCACACGCUGCGCUUCCACGCCGCGCUGCGGAGGCCGCGCCGCCACCGCAACCAGCUCAAGGUCGACGACCGGGACCAGAUAAACCUUCUGAUCGAAGAGCUGGGACUUGAACAGGUUCGUGACACGAAUGUGAGUCGACUCACUCGCUCGGAGAUCCGAAGGCUCAACGUCGCGUGCCAGUUGCUUUUGGACAUGGCGGUGCUUAUCCUCGAUCAGCCCACUAAGGAAAUGGACAUUUUCGACACCUUCUUCCUGGUGGAGUACUUGAGGAACUGGGCGAGUUCCGGCCGAGUUGUCAUAAUGUCACUGCACCCACCUACUUAUGAGAUAUUCGCUAUGCUCACUAAGGUCGUCUUAAUAUCAGCCGGUAGGACGAUGUUUAGCGGGUAUAGAAGAGACAUGUUGCCAUAUUUUGCCUCCAUAGAUUAUCCUUGUCCUGCCUUCAAAAACCCAUCAGAUUAUUAUCUGGACCUGGUGACCCUGGACGACCUGUCCGCGGCCGCGAUGCUCGAGUCGUCGGGCCGCAUCGAGGCGCUGGCGGGGGUGUUCGCGGGGGCGCAGGCGCCCCCCGAGCCCCCGCCCCCCGUGCCCCUGCCGGCGCCCCUCCACCGCGCCAGCGCGCCCCUCCAGAUAUUCGCGCUGCUCGAGAAGACUUUGCUGUACACCCAAAUGACGACUCUAUCAAACGUGAUAACUAGAGUGCUCAUAGCGGCCGCCAUGUCUCUUGUCACCGGAACCGUGUUCUGGGACCUGCCUUCCACGGACCCUAAGCUGACGCAGAACGACCGCGUGGGCUACCACUACGCGGUGGCGUGCGUGAGCGCGUGGCCGCUCUUGCUGUGGGUAGGCGCCCGCGAGGCCAGCUCGGCGCGGCGGCACGUCGAGCGCGACGUCGCCGUAGGGCUCUACUCGCGCGCCCUCUACGUCGUCUUCGACCAAGUAAUGGAACUGUGGUCGGCGGUCCUAACGUGGCUAGCAUACUUGGUGCCAAGUUACGCCAUGAGCGGUCUGUACGCGCAAUCGCCGGAAUCGUUUGAAGGCUUCUAUAUUUAUUUAGGCUAUAUGCUGCUAUACCUGAUCGGCGUACAAAUGCUUUGCCGAGCGGCGGUGUUCGUGGUGCCGAUGGAGAAGACGGCGUCGGUGCUGUCCGGCUUGCUGAUGCUGCUUACCACGCUGGUGAACGGCGUGAUGCUGCACCAACGGGACCUGCCGGCGUACGUCCGCUGGCUGGAGUAUGUCUCCCCGUCGCGGUGGACGCUGCCGGAGAUGUUGCGGAGGGAACUCAGCGAGACGGCCCUCAGAAGCAGCAUCAGCAAGGAAAUCAGAUGCACCAACAAGCAGAGACCGUACCAAGACAUAAUAGUACAGUCGCCGUGUCCGCCGCCCAACGGUACUCAAGUUCUGUCGAACUACGACUACUUGAAUUCGGACAGCGUUUGGCAGUUCAAAGAGCAGGGCUUCCUAAUAGCGCUGGCCGUCUUCAUAGCGAUAUUCUCCCUAGUCGCCAUUUUCGCUUUCGUGCUAGACUGUACAAAGUACGCCAGGAGCAAAGAGAGAAGGUCUUUGAAAGGUCACAAGAUCACCGUGAACACCCCC